CAGCUAUACAUAGUCAUGGGCUUUUGUGAGGGGGGAGAUCUGUACCACAGACUGAAGCAACAGAAAGGUGAACUUCUUCCAGAGAGACAAGUUGUUGAGUGGUUUGUCCAAAUUGCUAUGGCUCUUCAGUAUUUGCACGAGAAACACAUCUUGCAUCGAGAUCUGAAAACCCAGAACAUCUUUCUGACAAAAACAAACAUAAUCAAAGUUGGCGACCUUGGCAUUGCGCGAGUGUUGGAGAAUCAGAACGACAUGGCCAGUACUCUUAUUGGGACUCCCUACUACAUGAGUCCAGAGCUCUUCUCCAACAAGCCUUACAAUUACAAGUCAGAUGUUUGGGCUCUAGGCUGCUGUGUGUACGAAAUGUCAACUCUUAAACAUGCCUUCAAUGCCAAGGAUAUGAAUUCGCUUGUUUACCGCAUUGUAGAGGGGAAGCUACCCCAGAUGCCCAGUAAAUAUGACCCUCAGCUGGGGGAUCUGAUAAAGAAAAUGCUGUCUAAGAGACCUGAAGACAGGCCCGAUGUGAAACACAUUCUCCGCCAGCCGUUCAUCAAACAACAGAUUUCCAUGUUUCUGGAGGCCACUAAAGAAAAAACUGCCAAAUCAAGAAAGAAGACUGUUAGUAGCCAGCCAAUCAGUGCGCAGUCUGAUGCGUCCGUUCAGUUGAAACACGAACAUCCCCCGCAAAGUCCCAAUUCUGAAUCGCACACCAAAGGAAAAAGGAUGGAGGAAAAUCAUUUUCAUCAACACAAAUUAUGCAACGGACCAGCGAUCAGCAUAUCAUCAAACUCUCCUUUGCCUCCUCAGACCUCCACAGUGGACAAUCUCAACACAACAGGGCAAUCCAUAGCAACCAUCAGCAACAUAAAUAUAGACAUACAACCCCAAGAAGAGCAGCCAAGGAAAACCAAGCCGUCUGAACAAGCAGCCAACACAAAGGCCAGUGACCAUGACCGUCACAACCCUGCGAUUAAUAAGAGGUGUGAGAAAGAGGAUCUCGCGCCACCCCAGGCGGCCCCACGAAAGCAAGUGUCGGGUGUCUGUGGUCGGGAAGAGAGGAGGGUAUCGAAUGAAAACAGCGCUCAUGUCCCACCUAAACCUGCAAACAGACUCAAGCCCUCGGUCGUAAAAAGGGCCCAAGACCUCGGCAUGGACGAUAAGGACGAUACUAUGAAGCUGUUCCAGGAGGCGGCGAUGGAAAGUCAAACGCACGAGGAACACGAGUCUCAUCCCGGGCCUGAGCCUACAUCAGCCAAUGAGACGAAGAGAAAAUCCGAAAGCCAGAGCGCCUCGGUGGACCGGGAUGAUAAAAAUGAUACGGUGACACUUCUGAAGGAAGGGCCCUUAGGAACCCACACAGAGGAAAGCAGAGUUAGUUUGGAAUCUACUGAUAAAUUACUUGAACCCUUUCUUCCCGUCUUAAUAACGGAGCCCCAAAAUCCAGACCCUGUCUCAGUCCCUCCAGAGCAGGCCGUACCCCUUUUUCACACCCCUUCCUCCUCUUCUGAGCCCUCCUUGUCACGCCAGCGCAGACAGAGGAAGAAGGAGAAAGCAUGUGAGGAUGAAGACAGAAUAAAAACGGCUGCUCCUAGACCUCUGCCUCCUCUCCCCGAGGAUGGGGGAAAACCGAGCAUGUAACGUAAUACUCCAUGUUGAUUUCUCUCACAGAAUCGUCCUCUGUCAGCUAGAGAGAGGAGAAGACUGAGGCAAUCACAGGAAAACCCCAGUCAAACAGUAAUCCCUGCAGCUAGGAGGGCAUCGUGUGAUGCCGUCUCAUUAGGCAGCAAACCAGCAGACCAACCAGACUACUCCAGAGCCUCAAGUGUAACCAUGGAAACUAAAAAGGAUAGAUCAGGCUGGAGACCCUCGGAUGAAGAUGAGUGCAGUUCUUCAGCCAGCUCCACAGAACGUUCAGAGGCCGAGUAUAAAGAAGGAAAGAACGAAUCCAAAGAAAUGCACGAUUUGGUUCAGAUGAUGACGCAGACGUUAGGAAUGGACUCACGAGAUGCCUUGCCCAAUCAGGAUGGUUCAAGCGUCGUCACCACCCCCGUAUCUGAGUUUAGGUUGAACAGGAAGUACAGAGAUACCCUGAUGCUGCAUGGAAAGGCCAGAGAUGGAGUGGGCGACUUCCACUUCAGUGAAUUUCCCUCAGAUGAUACAUCAGGACCAGCCAAGAUCAGGAGGGCCACUGAACGCCUGCGCACAGACGUGAUUAAAGGCCUCGGAGUGAAGCUCUUGGACAGAGUGCUGGACAUAAUGCAGGAGGAAGAUGAAGAGAAGAGAGAGCUCCUUCUGCGAGAACAAAUGGGAGAGGACAAGUACAAGACGUACGCUGUGAUGGUGCGUCAGCUGAAGUUCUUUGAGGACGUUGCCCUUAAGGAUUAA